CAACAUGGCAGAGGCUGUGGUCAGUCUUCCCUUCACUAACUUGGAAUGGUUUCAAAUGGCAAGCAUCCUCGUUUAACCCGAGCGGCCGUUCAUCAGAAAAAAAAAAUACAACACAGCGGGAUCGAUGUUACCUUAACCUGUGAGGCUGCCCUGUCGCACACACAGGUCUAAAGAUGCAGUGGACCCCGGAGCAUGCGCAGUGGGCCGAGCAGCACUUCGACAUCUCCUCCACCACCCGCUCUCCGGCGCACAAGGCCGAGGUCUACAGGGGACACUUGCAGCGGACAUACCAGUAUUCCUGGGCCAAUGACGACAUCUCCGCACUGACUGCCUCCAAUCUCCUGAAGAAGUACGCCGAGAAGUACUCCGGGAUUUUGGAGGGACCGAGUGAGAGAGCACUGCUGAGCUCCUACUCGGAUGCCGCCCCAGGCCUUCUGAACGGGCGGAAAUCGGAUGGCGAAACCUGGCAGGAGGGAGUCUACUCGAUGAACUGUGUCCCGGACGUGAUAUCUGUGAGCAAGGCUGGAGUACCGGCUGCCUUGCCCCCGGCGGACGUUUCCGCCAGCGUCGGCAGCUCCCCGGGUGCAGCCAGUAGCCUGGCAGAACCUAGCUACUCCAACAGCAGCUGUUCCAGUCAUGCGGUGGCCAGCCUGCACUCGGGACUCCCCUCUCAGGAAUAUGGCACUGGCUACAAUGGCUCCUACCUGCAUUCGAGCUAUGGUGGGCAGUCAGGCUCCGCUCUCCCGUCACCCCACCCAUCACCUUUGCACAGCGCCGGGCUCCUGCAGCCACCGCCCCCACCCCCUCCUCCAGCCCUUGUGCCUGGUUACAACACUGGCUCCCCAAACAUCUCCAGCUACAAUUAUCCUCCGGCAGGGUAUCCCCCACAGACUGCCGUAGCCCCAGGGUACAGCCCGGGGGGUGCCCCGCCUCCCUCAGCCUACUUGCCGUCGGGUAUAGCAGCUCCCACACCCUUGCCCCCCUCUACACUCCCUGGCUACUCGUACCAGUCCCACAACCUUGCGCCAAUUGCACCAACACCUCUGAACAGCAGUUCGGCCAAUUCGCUGAAGCGUAAAGCUUUCUAUAUGACCGGGCAAGGAGAAAUGGACUCCAGUUAUGGAAAUUUCAGCUACAGCCAACAGCGCUCCACUCAGAGCCCCAUGUAUAGAAUGCCGGACAACAGCAUUUCAAACACGAGCAGAGGGAAUGGAUUUGACAGAAAUGCUGAGGCAUCGUCUUUGGCAUUUAAGCCUACGAAGCAGCUGAUGCCCUCAGAUCAGCAAAGAAAAUUUAGCAGUCAGUCCGGCAGGGCACUAACCCCUCCGUCCUAUGCUUCGGCAAAAAGCUCCAUAGGAGGAUCGCGAUCUGGCGAGUCGUUCGGCAAAUUUGCGUCCCCCAUUAUCGGUGAGCACAACGACGAGCACAGGCAGCAUCUUUCCCACCCGAUGCCAGGGUCGGGCGUCGGCACAGCUACCUCAUCCACCCAUCCUGCGGAGGAGCAGCUGAAGGGCAGCGAACCGCACCUUGUGGAGCUGGUCACCACGGAGGUUGUGCAGCAGGGGCCUCCUGUGGAUUGGAGCGACAUUGCUGGACUGGAGCUGGCCAAAGCUACAAUAAAAGAGGAGGUUUUGUGGCCUAUGUUGAGGCCGGAUGUGUUCAGUGGACUCACCGCAUUACCUCGGAGCAUCCUCUUAUUUGGACCUCAGGGAACAGGCCGAACGUUGCUGGGCCGGUGCAUAGCCAGCCAGCUGGGAGCGGUAUUUCUUCACCUCAGCAGCUCUGCACUGGUGACCAAGUGGCUGGGCGAGGGCGAGAAGAUCGUCCGUGCCUCAUUCCUGGUUGCACGGUGUCGUCAGCCAGCGGUGGUUUUCAUCAGUGAGGUGGACACUCUGCUCUCGGCCCAACUCACCGAGGAGAGCCCAGCAGGCAGAGUCAAGAGUGAGCUCCUCAUGCAGCUGGACAGCAUCUUGACGUCGGCUGAGGACCACGUGGUGGUCGUUUGCUCCACCAGUAAGCCAGAGGAGAUCGACGAGCCUCUGCGGAGGUACUUCUCCAAGCGGCUCCUCAUCCCAUUACCUGACAGCACAGCAAGGCACCAGAUAAUCAGUCAGCAGCUCUCCCAGCACAACUACUGCCUCAAUGACAAAGAGGUCGCACUGCUCGUCCAGCGAACGGAGGGCUUCUCGGGUCUUGACAUGGCACGACUGUGCCAGGAGGCGGUGGUGGGACCUCUCCACGCCGCACCGGGUUCUGACCUUUCAGCCAUCCUGCCCAGCCAGCUGAGGCCUGUCACUUACCAGGACUUUGAAAAUGUUCUUUGCAAAAUCCAGCCCAGUAUAUCACAAAAAGAACUGGACACAUACACUGAGUGGAACAAAAUGUUUGGUUGCAGUCAAUGAGAGGAACAGCAGGAAGAGGAGCCUAGUGGCCAGCAAGGCCGUUAAAGAGGAAUAAAGCUUGCUGUCCUCCUUUUGUUUCUCUGUCUUGAAGGGGGUGGGGUUGUAUAGAAAACGGUGACCUUAGCCGUAAUGGCAUCAGAAUAGACUUUAUUAAAGAACCGUGCUUUAACUGGCAGUCUGCAAGUGACACGCACACACACAUGCACG